AUGCGGGUGGUCGAAUACCCUCCCGAACUCCAGAGCCAGCGUCUGCUCCGCAAGGGCAAAGGUACCUUUGCCGUCGGCUGUGGUCCCUUGCCCGACGAUACCGACUGGACUGAGAUCCCCUAUGCAGUCCUCAAGGAGGAGUGUGCCAUCCGUGAAAUGCCAACUGGCGGAAAAGCUGAAGCGCUUGCAGAAGCUCUCACCAACUACAAGGCGCCCGAGAGCCGUCCUCCAGCAGAGGAUGUGAGCCGAGUGGUUGGAAAGGGUAAGAGUGCCGACGGAGAGAAGCGCAAGAAGAAAUGGCUGGAUGGUCCCGAUCAUACCUAUCACAAGAAGCUGGAAGCCAUCAAGAAUGAUGCUAUCUGCCUGAUGAGCCUAAGAGAGAAUGGCGCAGAACACAAGUUUGGCGGACCAUCCAUCGAGUUCUGUAUGGCGAACAACAGGGCCGAUAAUGCUCAGUAUCGAGUUAGCAUUUGCAAGAUGCCAACUUGUGACUGUCCUUCCAAAAAUUUUCGAGCCCAAGAGCAUUGCAAGCACAUCUAUGGUAGGGUUCCAUGUUUAACAGCGUUUGUCUAUCUAUUGAUCGUUGCAGCUGUCCUCGCCAACAUACUCAAGGUUCCAGAGCCCUUGUUAUGGCAGAACGCCUUUCUCUCAGAUGAACUUGAGCAGUUCUUCAAGCCCAUCUUGCAAGCAUCCAAUGACGGAGCAGUCUCGGACGGUAGUGUCGGUCUCUUGGCCAAUGGCAACUGUCCCAUUUGCUUCCAGGAAACGACGGAUGUUGCCAAGCCUACUGUGGAAUGCUCUGAUUGCCACAUCAAGAUCCACAAGAGAUGCUUCAACAUUUUGGCCAUGAACACAACUGGCUAUGGCCUCAAAUGUGUCGCAUGCUUGAGCAAGUGGACGGAACCAGGUCAAUGGGGUGCUGAAGGGGUCGAGGCAGACGAUCGUGCGAUUGCAGAAGCAAAGGAGGCGGCCAAAGCUUUGAAGGCGGCUGAAAAGGCAGCCGAGAAGGCCGCCGAGAAAGAGGCAAAGGCAAGGAAAAAGCGCAACCGUGUCGAGUGA